AGGGCGCACCAGACACACCACGUGGUGUGAGCCCGAGAUGCUCAGCAGGAGGUGCCCUGGUGCCAGCAGAGGGCGCUACCAUGAGCGGAGUGUCAUCGCGGCUGCUAAGCGGGGCGCUGCGCCUGUUAGGCCGGGCAGGCGGCAUGGACCGGGCCGUGGUGAGGAUUGUCCCGGCCGAGCCCAAGCUCAGCAUCUCCCUCACCCUGAACGGCUCCAACCGGCAACUGCAGCGGGACCAGACCGAGCCCCUGGGCCGAGCCCUCGCCCGCAUCUCCGCCAGCGCCACCAAGACCAAGAAGCGGAAGGAGCCGCCGGCUCCGGGGCCUCCCGUGCGGCUCUUCUACCUCGGACAGCCCGUGUCUGAGGCGGCCACCAACGCCGAGGCCUGGCAGGACGGCGCCGAACUGCUGGUGGGAGGCGUCCUGUACCGGGUUGAGCGGAACCCCCCGAUCUGCCAUGAGCUGGACUUGCCCCGGCAUGUCAUGGCCGACUUCCCCGUCUGCCCGCGCCUCCGCCUGGAGUUCGCCCACCCCGAUCAUUCGCUCUUCGUGUGGUUCAGGCAGAAGGCCGAGGGUGAAGCCGGGGACUGUCCUGAGAGCGCGGCCGGGCAGCAGUGGGAGGAGGUCGGCCAUGAGCGCGUCUUCACCCCGGCGGUCGGGGACAUCGGGCUUCGGCUGAAGGUUCGCUGCACCCCCGGAGACGGGCAGAGGCUCGGGGAGACCCGGGAGCUGGAGGUGGCGGGGCCCGUAGAGGCCGGGCCCGGUGCUUGUACGUUUGAUGAGCGACACCUGUACACUCAGCGGCUGAGCGAGGAGCCGGUGAUCCGGGCCGUGUCCUAUAACCUGCUGGCGGAUGUUUACGCUCAGACCGAGCAUGCCCGCACCGUGCUCUUCCCGUACUGCGCACCGUACGCACUGGAGCUGGAGUACCGCCACUGCCUGAUCCGCAAGGAGCUGAGCGGAUACCGCGCCGACCUGCUCUGCCUGCAGGAGGUGGACCGCACCGUCUUCUCCGACAGCCUGGCCCCGGCGCUGGAGGCCUUCGGCCUGGACGGACUCUUCCGACUCAAAGACAAACAGCACGAAGGCCUCGCCACGUUCUACCGCCGAAGCCGCUACCGACUUUCCAGCCGGCACGACAUCCUGCUGGGGGAGGCGCUGACCGAUGACCCGCUGCACCAGGACCUGCUCCAGAGCCUCGACCGCUACCCGGGCGCCAAAGAGAAGAUGCUUCAGCGCUCCUCCGCCCUGCAGGUAACUGUCCUUGAGUCCACAGCUGAUCCUUCUAGAAAAAUUUGUGUGGCCAACACUCAUCUUUACUUUCACCCAAAAGGUGGCAACAUCCGGUUACUUCAGAUAGCUGUUGCUUUGUCUCAUAUCAGACAUGUGGCAUAUGAACUCAACCCUGGCAUUCCUAUAAUUUUCUGUGGAGAUUUUAAUAGCACCCCUUCCACUGGUAUGUACAGUUUUGUAAGAGAUGGGACCAUCUCUGAGAACCAUGAGGACUGGACAUCUAAUGGCGAGGAGGAACGCUGCAAUAUGUCUCUUACCCACCCUCUCAAACUGAAGAGCGCCUGUGGGGAGCCUGCUUACACCAAUUAUGUGGGUGGCUUCCAUGGAUGCUUAGAUUAUAUAUUUGCUGACUCUGAAUGUUUAGACGUGGAACAAGUUAUUCCCAUGCCAAGUCAUGAAGAAGUCACUAGUCACCAGGCUCUACCUAGUGUUUCACAUCCUUCUGACCAUAUAGCUCUUAUAUGUGACUUAAGGUGGAAGUAGUAUAAAUUGAUGUUCACAGAUAAAAAUAUAAUGUAAUGUUUUUAUGCUGCGGAUACUAACACUGUUUACCAUAAAAUGUCUUCAAUGCUG